GGAGAUCUGGGUCCUUUCAAUCCCGGUUUGCCAGUGGAAGUUCCUGUCUGGUUGGCCAUUAACCUGAAGCAGAGGCAGAAGUGCCGGCUGAUUCCUCCGGACUGGAUGGACGUUGAAAAGCUGGAGGAAAUCCGGGACCAGGAACGUAAAGAGAACACCUUCACUCCCAUGCCCAGCCCCUAUUACAUGGAACUCACAAAGCUGCUGUUAAACUACGCCUCGGACAACAUCCCCAAAGCUGAUGAGAUUCGAACGCUGGUCAAGGAUACGUGGGACACGCGCAUGGCCAAGCUGCGGCUGUCGGCAGACAGCUUCGUCAGGCAGCAGGAGGUUCACGCCAAGCUGAAUAACUUAACCUUGAUGGAGAUCAACACCACCGGGACUUUCCUCACUCAAGCCUUAGAUCACAUGUACAAGCUCCGGACUAACCUUCAACCUGGUGAGAGCACCCAGUCCCAGGAUUUCUGA